UUGCUGUAUGAGUAUGAGUUGAGCCGGUUUCUGUGUGGUGAUGCGCAUGCGCGCGUUGCUUACUACCACAAAACCACCUGUUUGUUGGUGAAUCUACGACGCGCAAGCAAAUCGAAGACGCCGCGCGCGCUGGAAGGAAAAUAAGACCAGGUCGGGGCAAGCCGCGCGGCGAAAAGAGAAUGGUGAACCGGAGAGUCCGGCAAUCAGAAUUCCGAAUUGAUCGCCGGUGUGUGCACACCACGUAGCGAGAGCGCGCCGGCGUUUCGCGUCUCUUUUACCUGCGCGCGCGCUGCAAGCAAGCACGCGGUUUUACCAUACGCGUGUUUUCUGCAGAUUUAUCUUUAUCAGACGACUGCAAACAGUGCGUGGCGAUUAAAUUUGUGUGUUGUGCGGUGUGCGGACGUGUGUUUCGCUUGGAUUUUCGGAUUUUUUGGGAUUUAAUAACGAGCGCACGACGCUUCCACUCUUGAGUUGGUGGUAAAGUGCAGUAUGAGCAAGGAGUGGACAGACGGUUUUGGGACAUCAUGACGCAGCGGGACGACGUGCAAAAGUUCGAAGCGGGACGAAUUAAAGUCCUGCAAGAGGAACGCUUGCAUAUACAAAAGAAAACAUUCACGAAAUGGAUCAAUUCAUUUCUGCAAAAGGCUCGCAUGGAGGUGGUGGACCUCUUCGAGGAUCUCGCCGACGGUAAAAAAUUGCUGAAACUUCUCGAGAUAAUCUCCGGCGAGAAGUUGGCCAAACCAAAUCAGGGACGCAUGCGCGUACAUAAAAUCGAGAAUGUGAACAAAAGCUUAGCGUUUCUGCAUACCAAAGUGCGACUGGAGAGUAUAGGAGCCGAGGAUAUCGUUGAUGGUAUUCCCACUCUGGUGUUGGGUUUAAUAUGGACGAUUAUUCUGCGGUUUCAAAUCCAAGAGAUCGAAAUCGACGUGGAUGAGGAGAGCGAAAGCUCCGAGAAGAAAUCUGCCAAAGAUGCGUUACUGCUGUGGGUGCAACGAAAGACGCACGGGUAUUCCGGCGUCAACAUCAACGACUUUUCUGGUUCGUGGCGAAGUGGUUUGGGUUUCAAUGCGCUCAUCCAUGCCCAUCGGCCGGAACUCUUUGACUAUAAAGAACUGGCACCAAACUCGCACAUAGACAAUCUGAAUCAUGCGUUCGACGUGGCCAACAACGAGCUCGGCAUUCCACGACUGCUGGAUGCUGAGGAUAUCGAUACGAGUCGACCAGAUGAAAAAAGUAUCAUCACCUAUGUGGCAUCGUAUUACCAUACAUUCGCUCGCAUGAAGAACGAGGCGAAGAGCGGUCGGCGAAUUGAGAAAAUCUUCAAGCGUAUGAUGGACGCAGAUAAGAUGAAACUGCGUUAUGAUAAGAUUACGACCGACCUGCUUGAGUGGAUACACAAAACUGUGAUUUUACUUGAAGAUCGACAAUUUCCGAAUUCCCUGGAAGGCAUUCAACAUCUCCUGGUACAGUUCGGACACUACCGAACUGUAGAAAAACCGCCCAAGUAUAAAGAACGCAGCGAAAUUGAAGCAUUAUAUUUCCAUAUCAAUUCCCAGCUUAAAGAAGACAUUAGACAACCUGCAUUUGUUCCUUCGGAUGGUAAACUCUUACAGGACAUAGAACGAGCGUGGAAUCAACUUCAGAAAGCUGAACAUCAUCGUGAACUUGCAUUGAGGAGUGAAUUAAUGAGGUUACAACGUCUGGAACACUUAUAUCUUCAAUUUGAGAGGAAAAGUUAUCUUAGGUCGGUCUAUCUAACAGAAAUGAUCCAAGUUUUAUCAGAUCCUGUUUAUGGAGCUAAUCUAACAAAAGUGGAAGCUACAGUUAAGAAGCACGAAGCAAUCAGUGCUGAUAUUCUACCCCGGAAAGAACGCAUUCAAGAGUUGACCUUGAAAUGUGAAGAAUUACAACGUGAGAAUUAUCGGGAGUCAGCAAACGUGAAGAAAACACAUGACGAUGUCCUCAAUAAAUGGCACACGUUGUUGGAGUUAGUUGAGAAGCAUAAAACUAAUCUAAACAGAAUGUGUAGCGCUAUGUCUGUCCUUCGAGAGAUUGACACCACACUCUCAACCCUUAAUCAGUUAAAAAGUGAUGUUUCUUCUGUGAGUACCGGAAUGCAUUUGUUGGACGUGGAGGAAUUAUUACAGAAGCACGCGUUGCAAGAGUUACAAGUGACUGCGCUUUCUGACACUGAAAGAAAAUUGAUCCGAUUGGGAGAACAAGCUGUUGUGCAAAGUCCAAUGCAAGCGGAAGUUUUACGCCAGAAACUCAAUGAAUUAUCAGCGGUUUACAAAGGGGUACAGGACGCAUGCGCAGAACGACGUGCUUUAUUAGAAGAAGCACGGAAUUUUUACCAAUUUCUACAAGAUCAACAGGAUGAAGAGGCGUGGUUGAUUGAGAAACAACGAAUUUGUCUAGCUGCCAUUGCGGCAAAGGAUCUUCAAGGAGUGUUGCGCUUGCAACAGAAGCACAAAUUAUUACUGGACGAAAUCAAAAUGCGUAAGAAUAAAUUCGACCAGCUGCAGAACACGGCGAAGCAAUUGAUCAAUGAAAAGCAUCAACAUUCCACGCAGAUUCAGGAACAUAUUGAUACCAACAAUAAAGAGUGGGAGAAUUUACAGAAGUUUGCGAAUGACAGAACAACACGUUUACAAGACGCUGCUGAAGCUUAUCAAUUCUAUGCGGAUGCUAAUGAGGUGGAUUCAUUCCUAAACGAAAAGAAAGCAAUUUUGUUAUCGAAAGAUUAUGGGUCUGAUGAACCCAGUGCUCAGGCUCUUCUCCAACGUCAUCGUGAUUUACACAGUGAAUUAAACGCGUAUAAAGGUGAUAUCCAAAGUUUGAACAAUCAAGCUGAGCGCUUGAUUGCUUCCGGUAUCUCCAAUUUGGACCUCACUCCUGAAACUGCUGUUGAUCAACCUGUGGAAGAGACAAUUUAUGAAACCAGAUUGGUCCCGGUUGAAGUAUACGAAGAGGAACCAGUUGAGAAGCUGGAAAAUCGUCUGGUGCUUACUGAAAGGAAGAUUCCACAGGUACAAGCUUUGUUUCCGUAUAGUGAACAUGGUAUUUCCAUGGUCAAAGGUGAGGUGAUGUUUUUAACUAGUAAGAACAACGCGGAUUGGUGGUGUGUACGUAAGGCAGACGGAACUGAAGGUUUUGCUCCAGCGAAUUACGUCAGGAUGAUUGAACCACGAUUGAUGAAGUUGAAAGUCAACAAACAGGAGAAGAUCAAAGUGAUGCAGAAAGUGAAAAAGAUCAAAAUGGUACCGCAGCAAGUCCCUGUUAAGGUUAUACGUCCCCCCAAACAAAGUAAACGUACUGUAGACGAAAGUAACACUGUUCCCAAGCGACAGAAACAAAUUAAUGAUACGUACAAUGAGUGCCAGGAGUUGGCUCUGAAGAGACAUGCACUUUUAGAGGAUUCCAUUAGGCUGUAUGGGUUUUAUAAAGAGUGUGACGAUUUUGAUAAGUGGAUUAAAGAUAAAGAGAAGAUGUUUACCACUGAUGAUCCAGCCCAGAGUGUGGAUCAAGCGAAAAGAAAGCAUAAGAAGUUUAUUACUGAUCUAUCUGCUAGCAGUAAGAGAUUGGAGGGUAUCGAUGCGGAAGUGAAAGAGUUCGAGAAACAAAAUCACUCGCAGAUUGAUAAGGUACGCGCACGCUAUCGUAACAUUGUGAGUGCCUGGGACCGCCUCAAUCGGCUUCGUGCGCAGAAAGAGAAGAGUCUCGAAGGCGCCAGUAUCGUUGAAGUAUUUCUUAGUAAUUGUGACGAAGCGAAGGAGCGCAUGCACGAGAAAUUAAGUCAUUUGGAUUCCGACGUUCUCGGCCACGACCUCAAGACCGUGCAGGCACUGCAGCGUCGACACGAACAACUGGAAAGAGAAAUUACGCCAAUUGCGAAGACGGUUAACGACAUUGAUUCGCUGGCUAAACAGGUGGUCGCCUCCAAUCCGCAUGAACGCGCCAAAGUUGCCAAGAUCCUGGACGACAUUAGAGACCUAUGGGCACAGGUCAAAGAAAAAGCGUUACAGAGACGCAUGCGGUUGGAAGAUGCUGUAGGUCAACAGAUUUUUACCAACAGCACACAAUCGUUGUUGAAUUGGGUUUCGGAUGUUAAGAAUCAACUCAAUGCUGAGACAACAGUGCGAGAUGUACAAACCGCGCAUAAAUUUAUUAAAAAUCAUCAAGAUUUGGGACAGGAUAUCAAGGCGCAUGAUGAUGAAUUCAAACAAGUUACAGAUUUAGGUAAGAAAUUACUAAAAUCCAAUCCGGAUAUGACAGACGUGGCUGAAAAGAUUAAUCGCCUGGUCGAGGAACAAGCAGCGUUGAAACGAGGUUGGAAUGAAAAAGAGAAAUGGCUGGAGCAAUGUCUACACCUACAGAAAUUCAAUAAGGAAGCUGAUAAGAUUGAUGCGGCAUCAUCAAGUCAUGAAGCCUUCCUUGAAUUUUAUAAUCUUGGAGAGUUUCUGGAUGAAGUUGAAGCACUACUCAAACAACAUCGUACAUUCACGAAUACUUUAGUUGCUCAAGAACCUAGUUUGACUGCGUUUGACAAAAGGGCUGAUACAUUGAUCAAAGACAAUCAUUACGAUAGUCAACGUAUUGAUGCAAGACGUAAACAAGUACUGGACCGCAGACAGAAGGUGAAGGAAUUAGCACAGAAUCGUUACAAUGCUUUGGAGGCAUCUAAAAAUUAUCAAUUAUUCUGUGCGGAAGUACAUGACCUGCGUGCGUGGCUCGCUGAUAAGCAAAAGACAGCGACUGAUGAAAGUUACAAAGACCUUAAUAAUUUAGCGCGUAAAAUAAAGAAACAUGAAGAUUUUGAGCGAGAAUUACGUGCUAAUGAAGGACAACUAAGGUCUGUAAAUAAAAUGGGUCAAGCGUUGAUUGCAGAAGGGAAUUAUAAGAAAGAUUUAGUUGCACGUAAUUUGAAAGAUCUUAACGAUGAAUGGGAGAGUUUAGUUCGCUUGUCUCUCGAUAAAGGAAGGAAGUUACGUGAAGCAGAAACACAACACAUUUAUAAUCAGAACGUGAGCGAUGUCAACGCAAAACUUGAUGAUAUAGAAAAGAAUUUAAAGAGUACACAUGUCGGUAACGAUAUGCGUUCAUGCCGGGACCUUUUGAAGAAACACGAAAUGAUCGAAAACGAACGUUUGCAGUGCGCAGCACGUAUAAAUGACUUGGUGAAUCAAUGCAGCAAUGGCGACGAGGAGAUUCAAUCAGAUAAUGGUAUUCUAUGUCAACAACGUUUGAAAUCCAUCGAUGCGCCGAUGAAACAACGUCGGGAUGCUAUCGAAGAAUCACAGAGAUUCCAUAAGUUUAAUUUCGAUCUUAAUAACGAAUUGCAAUGGGUUAAGGAUCACAUGCCUUUGGCUACGUCAACUGUCGUUGGGCAAAAUCUACAUCAAGCGCAGAUUUUACAUAAGAAACACAAGAAGUUAGAAGAUGAGAUUGCCGGUCAUCAAAUGGUCAUUGAUAAGACUUUGGGUAUCGGUGAAGACUUGAUUAAACAAUCACAUCCGGAAAAGGUGAAGAUUGAUGAUUUGUGUUCUUCUUUGAGGGACGCUUGGAAGGAAUUGAAUGAUUCUGCUUUAGCCCGAGCACAAACUUUAGAAUUGUCGUUGAAAGCACAAGAAUACUUCUUUGAAGCUAGUGAAGUGGAGUCCUGGUUAAAUGAACGUAAUACUGUUCUUUCAAGUAAUGAUUUUGGACGCGACAGAAAUGCUGCUACUACUCUACUAACUAAACACAAGGCUAUGGAGUUGGAGCUAGACACUUACAGUAAUAUCAUUGGUGAAAUGGGACGUGGGGCCCAAACAUUAGUUCAAUCAGGACAUCCAGAUUCAAAGAUAAUAUCAGAACGACAAUCUUCCCUGGAACGUCUAGUAAGAUCUUUGCAACGGAAAGCAGCAUUGCGACAACAUCGUCUUAUGGAAUCCAUGUUCAGACAUGAGUAUUUCUUAGAAUCGGCGGAAUUGAAGAAUUGGAUUGCCGAACAAUACCAACAAGCUGCUUCGGAGGAUUAUGGACAAGACUAUGAACAUUUGUUGUUGUUACAGGCUAAAUUUGAUGAUUUUAAACAUCGAAUUGAAGCUGGAUCGGAACGAUUCAGACAAUGUGAAGAUUUAGCUCAGAAAUUGAUUGCGAACGAGAGUCCUUACACUACAGACAUCGAGAAGGAACAGAUUCAAUUAGAAGAAGGAAAUCUUGAAGGCGCUUCAACGGCUCGUGAUGAAGUCAAUGAACAUUGGAGUGAUAUUCGGACUCGGUGGACAUCUCUGCGUCAACAAAUUGAGAAUCGUGAUAAGAAACUUCGCGCCGCUGGAGAAGUACAUCGCUUCCAUCAUGAUGUCAGCGAUGCAUUAUCGCGAAUUCAUGAGAAAACAGCCUCUUUGGGUAUUGAGCUAGGUCGAGAUCUCAAUACGGCACUGGCUCUGCUUCGCAAACAGGAAGCUUUUGAGAAUGAACUGGUUGCUUUGGAAGCACGGUUACAGGUACUCAUCGAUGACGCUGCGAAAUUGAAAGCGACGUAUCCCAAUAACAAAGAAAGGAUUCAACAACAACAGGAUACCAUUGUUAAUGCCUGGCAGAAUUUGAAGGAUGCCAGUGAAAGUCGCAGGGACCAUUUGCAAGCUAGUGUGGAUUUACAGAAAUUGCUCACAGAGGUUCGUGAUUUGACCAAUUGGGCCAUUGAAGUGCGUUUGGCUAUGAAUGCGGAGGAAAAUGUCCGGAGUGCUGCCAGGGCGCAAACUUUGCGAGGUGAACAUGAUGCCCUUAAAGGUGAAAUUGAAGCACGUGAAGAUGCUUUCAUUGCUGUUCGAGAUAUGGCUACCGCCAUGGAUCAAACUGAUCAUUAUGAUGCUGCUGAAGCUGUUGAGCGCUGCAAUGCUCUGUUUGAAGAAUAUCAAAAGUUGCACUCGGCAUGGAACGCCAAGGAUGUAUAUCUGUAUCAGUUGAUUGAUCUGCACAAUAUUCUAAAAGACGCAAAACAAUUGGAGAAUCUAUGCAACACGCAGGAAGCUGCUUUGAAUAAUAACGAUUUCGGUGAGACGGUUGAAGAAGUAUCCACACAAAUGAAGAAACACGAAGAGUUUGAGAAAGUUUUCAACAGCCAGGAAGAAAAGUAUGACACUUUGAUGAAAACUGGCAAGAAACUAAUCAACCAGAAUCAUUUCGACAGUGAUAGUAUUGCUGCGCGGCUUGCUGAGAUUCAGAAUAAGCGUCUGAAGGUGAAACAGUUGUGUGUUAAAAAGAGGUUGAAUUUAGAACAUACUUUACUCUAUGCUGGUUUUAUUCGUGACGUUGCGGAUGCCAAGUUAUGGAUCGCAGAAAAAGAAAAGAAACUGUAUUCAGACACGAAAUCUGGAGAAGUUAUCAACAACCUGGAGGAGAAGAUUAAGAAGUUGCAGAAACAUCAAGCAUUUGAAGCGGAGAUUGCUGCUAAUGUUGGUAGAAUGAAAGAAAUCAAACAGAAGGGUAAUACUUUGAUCAGUAAGAAACAUAAAGCAUCCCAGGAUAUUGGCCACCAAUUGGCUGAGUUAGACUUAGAAUGGCAGAAGUUAAUCAACGAGAUGGGAAUGCGCGGUAGAGGAUUAGAAGAAGCGCAGGAUAUUCUAGAGUUUAACAAUCAAUUGGAUAAGAUUGAGUCCUGGAUUCGUGAUAAGGAGGUAAUGGUACAAGCAGCUGACACAGGUCGUGAUUACGAACAUUGUCAAGCAUUACAACGUAAAUUGGACGAUGUUGAUUCUGAUAUGCGCGUUGAUGACGCCCGAGUUAAGAGCAUCAAUAAAUUGGCUGACAAAUUGAUCAAUCAAGGACAUCGGGGUGUACAAGAACGAAGGGAUAAUUUUGUGGACAAGUGGAAGAAUCUGCAAGGAUCUUUGGAUGAUUACAGAAAGAAGUUGAGCGGUGCGGCUGAGGUUCACACUUUUAACCGUGAUGUGGCUGAUACUCAACAGAGAAUCAACGAGAAAAUCGCCGCGAUGGAAGUGGAUGAUGUCGGCAAGGAUUUGCACACUGUUGAAGUUCUACAAAGAAAACAGGAGGCUGCCGAAAUGGAGAUGACUGCUGUCGCGAAGAAACUUCAUGAACACGAUAAGGAUUCGUAUAAAUUUUCACAGAAAUUUCCGGAUUGUGCGGAAGCAAUCUAUGCCAGUAUGGAUGCACUACAGAAUCAAUGGAUGCAUUUGGAUCAAGCUAAAGAAAAGCGAAGGCAAGCAUUGGAGUCUGCAUACACAAAGCAGAGAUUCUUAGCAAACACAUCCGUUUUGGAAGUUUGGACCGUGGAUAUUACCAAACGUAUGGAUUCCCAACACAAACCCAAAUCAGUCGCUGAAGCAGAAGCACUAUUAGAAAACCACAGAGAACUUAAAGUGGAAAUGGAUGGUCGAAAUGAAGAGUUUGCCCAAAUGAUCAAUUUUGGAAAAUCACUGGGAGAGUCCGACCCACAAAUUACUGAUGCAGUUGACAAGCUGGAAAAUCUCCACGCAGAUUUACACACUUUAUGGAAUCAACACAAGACCGAUUUGACUCAUGAGUACGACUUGCAAGGGUUCUACGAACAGGCCGAUCAAAUUGAUAAUUGGUUGGUAUCAAAGGAAGCUUUCCUUAAUAAUGAGGACCUCGGUGAAAAUGCACGUGCUGUUGAGCUUCUUAUUCGUAAACAUCAUGACUUUGAAGCUAUGUUAUCGCAACAAUUGAUUAGAGUUGAUGAACUUGCUGAAUUGGCGAAGAAAAUCGAAGAUGAUGCUUAUGAUAACACCGGUAUUCGGUCAAGGACGGCGGCCAUUGUUGAACGAAAGAAUAGUUUGGUAAAAUCCGCCAAUGAACGGAAAAAGAAACUGGAGGAAUCGAAAGCGUUGCAUGUUUUCAUCCGGAAUAUCCACGAUGUUGAAAGUUGGUUGGUGCAGAAAUUACAGGUUGCCAGUGAUGAAAACUACCGAGAUUCUAGCAAUUUAAUGAGUAAGAUACAGAAACACGUCGCGUUUGAAGCGGAGUUUCAAGCGAACUCUAAUCGCGUGGACGAAGUGAUCAAGGAGGGAACUAAGUUGAUGGACGCUAAUCAUUUUGCAUCUGAAGAAAUUGGUAAACGUUUAGACGACUUAGAAUACGAUUGGAAACAUCUACAACAAAUUUCUGAUUUCAAAAAGGACCGUUUGAAUGCCGCCUAUCAUGCGUUACUCUAUAAUAGGUCCUUAGAUGAGUUUGAAGAAUGGCUAACUGACAUUCAAACACAAUUGCAAUCGAAUGAUUGCGGCAGGGACUUGGUUUCUGUUAGUAAUCUAUUGAAGAAACACACUAGUCUUGAAAAUGACAUUCAACAACACAGUGAGAACUGUGAUAACAUCAACGAAACUGCCGAGAUGCUAGUGAAACAGAAACAUUUCAUGGCGGAUGAACUGCAAAGUCGAGCUCACGAAUUAACUACAAUCUAUCACAAACUAAAGGGACCAAUGCAGAUUCGCCGAGACAUGUUAGAGGCAUCCAUGAUGUUGCAGCAAUUUACACGCGAUUGUGACGAUGAACUGCAGUGGUUGGCUGAUCGGGAAGCUUUAGCUGUAUCUAAAGAUUUCGGUAACAGUUUAACUGCUGUUCAAAGCCUACAGAAGAAACACCAAGCGCUUGAAGCUGAACUAAUGUCACGCGAACCGAUUGUAGUUGCGUUAGUUUCAAGAUCCGCGCAUUUAAACAGAAGCGGGCAUUCAGCCGCUGAUGUUAUCACUGACAAAGCAGCUCAAGUCAAUUCCAAGUUUUGUAAUCUUAAGGACAUGUCCAGUAUCAGAAGGCUGCGAUUGCAAGACGCACUUGAAGCACAAAUGUAUUAUGCUGAAGCAGCCGAAAUUGAAACAUGGAUUGGUGAUAAACGCCCACUUCUUGAAUCUGGUGAGAUAGGACGUGAUGAAGAUUCCACCCAGUCCUUGCAACGUAAACUGGAAGCACUCACAUGCGAAAUUGAAUCGUUUGAAACAACGAUUAAUAAGUUAUCAAGCAAUGCCCAAAGUAUUAUUGAUCGUAAUCAUUUUGAUAGUGAGAAUAUUGAGAAGAAACAGAAUCAAGUUUCUCAAAAGUUUAAAGUUUUGCUGAAUUUACUAAGUGAACGUAAAGAGCAGUUGCAGGAGGCAUUAACUUACUUCGGAUUUACUAGAGAGUGUAGUGAAGUCACCGAAUGGAUGAUUGAUCAACAAGCUAAAGCAGCCUCUGAGGAUUAUGGUACAGAUGUGGAGCAUGUUGAACUUUUAACGCAAGCAUUUGAAACCUUCCACACUUCCUUGACCAACAGUGAACCGCGGGUACAGGCAUGUAUCAAGAAGGGACAGAAUUUGAUUGAGUCGGAAAGUAGGCACAUGGACAAUGUUGAACUUAAGGUUGAAGAGUUGAAGACUCUAUGGGAAGAUCUUAUGGAACUUGCAGCGGCGCGCAAAGAUGCGUUAGCUGGAGCUAAGAAAGUCCACGUGUAUGAUAGGACGGCUGAUGAAUCAGUUGCGUGGAUAGUAGAGAAACAAAAUAUCUUGGAUAUUGAACAGUACGGAACUGAUUUGGAGAGUAUUCAAGCGUUUAUUCGAAAACACGAUGCGUUUGAAAGCGAGUUGCAAGCAGUUAGUGAACAGGUUGAACAGGUGGACAAUGAAGCAAAACAGUUAAUCGCCAGUUAUCCAGAUGCAGAGGAACAUAUUCAAGUCAAACGGGAGGAGACAUUAGCGGCCUGGAAGGAAUUAAAGGAUAAGAGUGACAGUAGAAAACAGAAAUUGAAACAAUCUGAGAAUUUACAAACAUACUACGAUCGCCAUCAAGAGUUACUGGCGUGGAUUAACGAAAUGCUUGCGAGGAUAACAGCACCGGAUCUUCCACAGGACGAUACCAAUGCAGAAUUAUUAAUUGAGCGCCACAAGGAGCACAAAGUGGAAAUUGAUGCACGCUCCGCCAUCUUUGACGAUUUCUUCGCCACCGGCCAUGAUUUUAUCAAAAACGGACAUUUCUUUUCACAGGAGAUCGACAAUAAAAUUAAAGUUUUGGAGCAUCGGUUAGAUUUGCUCAAAAAGACUUGGACAUACCGGAAUACGAUCUACGAACAAAAUUUGGACGUGCAAUUGUUCAAGCGCGAAGCAAACACGUUAGAAAACUGGCUAAAUGUACGCCAAGAUACUUUGAAUGAUAAAAAAGUUGGAGAUUCUAUCAUUCAAGUCGAAGACUUUAUUAAAAAACAUGAAGAUUUUGAGAAUACCAUUCGUGCACAAGAGGAGAAGUUUGCUGCACUUGAACGCAUGACUCUUCUAGAAGAAGCGUUUAUAAUGCAGAAGCAGAUGGAAGCACAGGCGAAAAUUGCAGAACGUGAACGCCAAGAACAAGAACGUGUGGCACAACGUAAAAAGUUAGAAAUGCAACGCAUUACCGAACAGAGACGGCAAGAAGGCCCACAGGAGCAAACACAUAUACGUAACGAUGUUAAUGGUAACGGACCUGAGCCUGGUACCGUCGUAAAUCUGACUAAGUCUAACUCUAUAGCGUCCAUGUUUGGCGACAAAGUGCAAGCCGUGCAAGCUGCUGUUAACGUAAAGCGUGCCGAAAGCAUGAAGCUGGCCAUUCCGAGUAGGCCACCGAAACGGACGCCAUCUUUUACCACAAGAAGACGAUCUUCGUUCAGAGGAAAAGCAAUUACAGAGAACGAAAUUCCCCCGACCGAAAUUGAAGGCUUUAUUGAUAGAAAACAAGUUUUAGCAGCAGGCGGGAAGAAGGCACCUAAUAGGACAUGGAAGAAUUUGUACACGGUCCUCUGUGGUCAGCUGCUUUGCUUCUUUAAAAAUCGAGAUGACUUUAGAUCUUCCAAGGCGUUAUAUCCACCCAUAGGAAUUCACAAUGCGCAAUGCAGUGUUGCGGAUGAUUACAGCAAACGGAAAUAUGCAUUCAGACUGAUCAUUCCUGACCAAUCGGAGUAUUUGUUUGCUUGUCAAAAUGAACAGGACCUGACGUCGUGGGUGCAAAAAGUUGGAUUCCGAGCUAGAUUACCACCGAGUCAACAGUUGUUACAUCUUGAUGUUCAGAAGCCGUCUGAUUUCCACGACGUUGAAAUAAGUUCACAAUCAAGUCGCACGUCUAGUCCGGACGUCCUCGACAGCGCAGUUGUUCUCCGACAAGAUCCAUCUUAUCAAAAUGGCAACAAAGUACAGAAUCGACAUUCAAUCAUAGGAGAGAGUCCGCCGCCAUUACCUGUUACUCAGCCACCAAUGUACGCAAGCAAUCGUCGACAAAACUCCAUUGAUAGUACCGGAGGCAUUCACGGUAUCGGUGCUGAUGUUAGACCCGACUACGAUGCAUCUAAUCGGUCAUCUCCGACAGCGCAAAAUGAAAGAAGAGCUACAAGGAUAAUGGAUUUGUUCAAACGGCGGAAACAACCAUCGUCCCAAAUGUAAAAGUAAACGGGAUGGUAUUAAUUGACGUAUUUUCAUUUCAGAUUUCUAUAGAGGUAUAUACAUUUUGUAUAUAGUUACAUAUUUGUGUAAAGUUUAAGCGCAGAACUACAUAUGUUGUUUAGGUGUACCAAAAAUUGCAAAUUUGGAUAGUACCGACUUUGCUAAGUAUAAUUAUAUUCGUAUAUAAUGUUUUUAACUUCAUCAUUUUUAAAUUAUUGUUACGAUAAUGACUAAUUGAUUCUUUAUGUUUACGUUAUGUAUAACCGCCUGUUCUUCAGUGUUUGUAUUAUAUUAUAAUUAAAUGUUUUUUUCUCUGUUUAAGUCGGCACGUUAGUUGUGACAGUAGUGAAACGCGAAAAUAUGAUUCAGAAUGAUUAUGCUGCUAUUAAUUGUAAUAAAGCGUUGUUCAGGUUAAUAAAUAUAUAUUUAAUUAA